UUCCAGCCUUGAUUGCGGGUCCUCCUCCCCUUCCCACACACCAGUUUGUGGUCGCUGAGCCCCUGAACAUUGUUACUUUUUGCUUUUUUAACCUCCUGGUGGGAACCUAUUCUGUUUACUCGUUGCUUUUUUCUCCUGGUUGCUUAACCGCGACUGUGGCUUGGAUGAAUCCAGCUCGCUUGCAAUAUGGCUGAGCUUCUCAGGACUUCUCCAUGUUCACUUUCUUUGAUAGGUGUAGUGGCGUAGUGGCGUAGUGGAGAUUUUUAUUUUUGCCUUUUGAAACUAUUUCUUCGAUUCCGGAGCAGCUGAUGCGAUUGUCGUUCUGGAAAUUUUUGCAGUUCUUAGUGAAGUCUACCUACACUCGAGGCAGAAUUGUAGUUGUUUGUGGUUUGUGAAUUGUCGCCAUGGCUGCCUUGCCGACUAUUUGCUUGUCAGCUAUUAGGGCACUGAUUCCUGGCGGUUCGUGGGAUGCGACCGGUGCACCUUCUAGCGCUUCUUCUAGUGCACAACCGUCAGGCGCUCCAUCGUCAUAUAACUCCUUGCCUGUCACUUCUUGUAGAAAUGUUGAUAAGAAUUUGUAUUACAAGGAAGCGGACGAGAAAUCAAGAGAGGUUGAUCAUGCCGAGCGAGAUUAUGAAUUCGCAGGGUUGCAGAGGUUUGGGCGCGCCAGUCUCGUUGCCAUAGCGGCAGCCUCGCUUUGCUACUCUAGUCCAGAUCCUGCGCUUGCCUUCCGGGGCGGUGGGCCAUACGGACAAGAGGUGACCCGCGGGCAGGACCUGACUGGACGGGACUACAGUGGAUUGACUCUAAUAAAACAAGACUUUAAAACGUCCAUACUGCGGCAGGCAAAUUUCAAAGGAGCGAAGUUGUUAGGUGCGAGCUUCUUCGACUCAGACUUAACAGGAGCUGACCUUACUGAUGCGGACCUUAGGGGAGCUGAUCUUUCAUUAGCAAGACUAUCAAAGGCCAAUUUGACUAAUGCCAAUCUAGAAGGAGCAUCAGUCACUGGCAAUACUUAUCUCAAAGGAUCCAUUAUUACUGGCGCGGACUUCACUGAAGUGAAUUGGAGGGAUGAUCAACGAAAAGAAUUGUGCCUAAUUGCUGACGGAGUAAAUCCUGUGACCGGCAAUGCAACUAGAGAGACUCUACUAUGCGAUUGAUCGACACAUGAAUACCUCAGCUGUUCUGAGAUCCUAUUUUGCAGGCUUAGUUGAGCAGAAACUGAGCAUUGUGGAUGUCAAGCACAUCCAGCUACUUGCUCGAGCAGCUGUACAAGAAAUUUUGAAGACCGAAGUGCAAGUGUCAAGCAGAUUGAACAGAGAGACUCGUUUGGUUCACUGGUCUAUAGUGCACAUAAAUUGAAUUGGCACUAUAUUUCCGGUUUUAAUUGCAAACAAACAGGUGCUCUAAUUUUUUUUUUUUUUUUUUUUUUUUAUAUAAGAUAUAUUUUUGGUUUUAAUUGCAGCAGAAUUGGAACUUCAUAAUUGCAGCUUAGCCUAGCAGAGGAAACAAGAGCUCUCAUGUCACAGACGAUUACUGCACUGAAUUGUAGAAUAUGUAGGACGCUUACCUGUCAUUUCUCGGAAGAGUCUUGAGGCAUGACUUUGAAAAAGCCAGGGAACUUGCACAAGACAUCGUUAGAGAUGGUAUUUCUAGCGUUCUUGUGUGAGGAUUAAGGAUGUCUCAGAGAUGUGACUUGAACGAAGUUAAGAGCGGAUUGUCAGGGUGGAGAUGAUAGAUAUCUUGAAUACCUCUAAAUUUGUCCCGUUCGCCUAGAUCAUUAUGCUGAACGGCAAAUCAGUUCACCACGCAACGGAAAUGGGCAUGUGGGUUGAUUGCAAAUUUGGCUGAAUGUGCGAGAAAUCGUCCGAUGAAGUAUCCAACAAUAAUGCCA